AUGAAGGUAAGCUCGGUAAGUGGGGUGACAAGAACGGCCGAUGAUGUCAAAAAGAAAUGGAGAUAUGUUUCCAGCGACUCCAAGAAGAAGUUAUCACAUGCGAGGAAGCAGGCUUCAAAAACUGGAGGAGGGUCAUCGUCGGCAAUGGAACUGAGUGCCACAGAAUUACGGGAAUUGGAGACGAUGGAACAGACAGCAACAGAGGAGAUUCCUGGAGGAUUGAUUGAUUGUAUACUCGACCAUCAAGAAAGUGCUAAAGAAGCCACAUCAAAGACCACCAGAAAAAAGAAAAGAUCUUCCGGAAAUGAGGAGGCUCACGACUUAGUAGAGAAAAAGAGGCUGGAAUUGGAGGAAAGAAGAUUAGAGCAGAGAAGAUAUGACGUGGAGGUAGAGAGGCAUUCAAGGGGGUUUAUGUUACCUGUGGAGUUUAGUGAACACAACCGUGCCAACUUAACAACACCUACCGGCUUCUGCAUCAAGACAUCCAGUAUUCCAAACGCAGGUCUCGGGGCAUGGACAGAAACCGAGAUCCCCAUUUAUAAAGUGAUAGGGAUCUACGAAGGGGAAGAGUUCUUUGACGACAAUGAUCAGGAUCACCUGUAUGCAUGGAUACUCAACUCGGGUGACGAAGGUGCAGUGACACAUUUUGUGGAUGCAGCCUCCCCCGCCAAAAGCAACUGGCUGAGGUAUAUCAACAGUCCUAGAAAUUACAAAGAAGAAAAUGUCCAUUCCGUGAUCUGUGACGACUUGGUAUUUUACAUGACGUCACAAGUUGUGACGCCAAAUACUGAGUUACUUGUGUGGUAUGGAAGUUGGUACGGAUUUCGGUUAGGAAUCAAAAGCGUGCAUCCGGAGGACGAUCUAGAUCUGGAUAAUGCAUUUUAUGUUCGAGUUAGCUACUUAAAUCAAGAUUAUCCUGGAAAAUUUAGAUUCCACGACAACACCACUGUAAGAUAAUCAAACUGGAAUCCUUCAAAAAUUAAGGAAUUUAACGAAGAUGAAUACUGGGAGCAUAUCAACGAACCGUUUGGAUUAUUACUUUCACAUAAUGAGGGGGAAUGGAGCUGGGUACCCGAGAAAAAUUACUCAUAUUUUACUGGUGAAGGGGGACUAUUACUACCGUUUAUUUGUGAUUACAGAUCGAAAUUAAAGCAGUGACUUUUAUCA